UGAUCUCUUAAAAGAUAAACUUACUGAAACUGAAGCUAAUUAUAAUAAAGUUACACUAUGGUCUUACCUCAUGAGCUGCAUCUGUGGACACAGUACAGUGAAAUCAACAAAUCCUAUCCCCUAAGAUACAGUGUGACAAUCUUUCCUGGAGGUGAUGAGGGUGUGACUGUCUAAAUGAACCUCAUCUGGUUAAAUUGAAAAACAAACACAACAAACACGGAUCCUAAUGAUGUCUUUCAGGAUGUGGAUCUUAUGGAAUGGUGGAAAAAUGUGGAACAAUGGAAAGACACACUUCAACAUGAAGACAUGACUGAAAAAGAAGAGGCCAAGGCGUUUGAUUUGACCGCUGACAAGCUGCAGAAGGGCAUCAGAGUCUUCAACAAACUGUUCACUGAGCGGGCAGAGAGCCUCUGGCAGCAUGUCAUCGACCUCAACGCCAUCGCCGAUGGGCUCGACAAGUUCAGCAAGAACACGAAGAUCGCUCAAAUCACAGGCGGCUCCACCAGCGCCAUUGGGGGCGUCACCACUGUUACUGGCCUUGCACUGGCUCCAGUCACCAUGGGAACUUCCUUGAUUGUGACUGCAGUGGGACUGGGCAUUGCCGCGGCAGGCGGUCUGACAUCAGCAGGUGCCGGCAUCUCCAACCAGGUCAACAACACCAUGGACCGCAAGAAGGUGGAGAAGAUCGUGCAGGACUACCAGGAGAAGAUGGAAGACCUGAACAAGUGCCUGACGUUCAUCAAACAGGGUAUUGAGAACCUGCGCAGGUUUGACCUGAUCAAGAUGAAGAAUAGUGCAUACAAUCAGGACUUCCCUGCACUUAUUAGCAGAUUCUAUGAAGAUGGCGCCAUGGCAGGAAAGGCGAUCCUCGUCAAUGCCAAUGAGAUCAUGCGUUUUGUCCAGAUCGCCCAUGUAGCAGGUAGCACCGCAGCCAGAGCAGUCCAGAUUGCUAGUAUGGCAACUGGUGUGCUCACCGGACUGUUUGUAGUUAUGGAUAUCUACUUUGUGUCCAAAGACUCCAAAGAACUCAAGAAAGGGGCAAAAUCAGAGUUUGCUGCCAAAAUCAGGGAGGUGGCGCAACAGCUGCACGACGGUCUGGUGGAGCUGAACUCAAUACACCAAGAGCUGCAGUUCAACUCACCAGAAAAAGACUCUGAGAAAGCCACAGAAGAUCUGGACAGUGAAAAGAAAGAGAAGGAGGGAAAAGAUUUGGACAGUGAAAAGAAAGAUGAUGACAGCUCAGAUGACGAUGUAAUCGACCGCAUUAAAAAAGCCAUCAAAAAGGAGCUUGAGAACCGAGAAUAUGUUUGACACAUAACUAGGAAAUACUUUCAGCUUUGCUUCCUUAGACAGCUUAUUAGUCACAAGCAAAUGUUUUGUAUUUUACUGUCUAUGAAGUAUUUGGUGCCAGAUUUUUAAAGUUAAACUGCAAUCAGGCGUAUUUUAAUUGUCCAAAAAGGAGCCUUUUAAAAGUUAAAAUAUAACGUUAAAUAUCUAAACCAGGGGUCAGCAACCUUUAACACCCAGAGAGCCGUUUGGACCCAGUUUCCACAGAAAAGAAAACACUGGGAACCGCAAAUACUUUUUGACAUCUAAAAUAAAGAUAACACUGUUAUUGUUUUUUACCUUUAUGCCUCGUAUAAACAACU